AUGCAAAAUUCAUCUUCCUUCUCCUACUCAACUCAAAGAAAAAUGGAGGGCCCCAGUGAGAUGGGUCUCAUUGGGGAAAAUUUUGAUGCUGGUUUGAUGGGGAGGAUGAGGGACGAUGAGUAUGAAAGCCGUUCUGGAAGUGAUAACUUCGAUGGUGUAUCUGGCGAUGAUCAAGAUGGUGGUGAUGAUCAGCCACAGAGGAAGAAAAGAUACCACAGACAUACUCCUCACCAAAUUCAAGAGCUUGAGUCUUUCUUCAAGGAGUGUCCUCAUCCUGAUGAGAAGCAAAGGUUGGAUCUCAGUAAGCGGCUUGGCUUGGAGAAUAAGCAAGUCAAGUUCUGGUUUCAGAAUCGACGAACCCAAAUGAAGACUCAACUGGAACGCCAUGAGAAUAUAAUGCUUAGGCAGGAGAACGAUAAGCUCAGGGCUGAGAACAGUUUGAUGAAGGAAGCCAUGUCAAAUCCAGUGUGUAACAGCUGUGGUGGCCCGGCGAUUCCUGGCCAGAUUUCAUUUGAGGAGCACCAAAUUAGAAUUGAGAAUGCUAGACUAAAAGAUGAGUUGAACCGUAUAUGUGCCUUAGCAAACAAGUUCCUUGGCAAGCCAAUCUCAUCACUGACCAGUCCCAUGGCUCUCCCAACCUCAAAUUCUGGUCUGGAACUUGGCAUUGGAAGGAAUGGGCUUGGUGGUUCAAGCACUCUUGGCACUCCCUUGGCAAUGGGACUUGACUUGGGAGAUGGAGUGUUGGGCACUCAAACUGCGAUGCCUGGGAUUAGACCACCAUUGGGGUUGAUGGGAAAUGAAGUUCAGCUCGAGAGAUCUAUGCUUAUAGAUCUUGCAUUGACUGCCAUGGAGGAAUUGCUAAAGAUGACUCAGGCAGAGAGUCCUCUUUGGAUUAAGAGUUUGGAUGGUGAGAAGGAAGUGUUUAACCAUGACGAGUAUGCAAGGUUGUUUUCUCCUUGUAUUGGUCCAAAACCCACUGGUUAUGUAACUGAAGCUACAAGAGAAACUGGGAUAGUAAUCAUCAACAGUUUAGCACUUGUGGAAACUUUGAUGGAUGCGAAUCGAUGGGCAGAGAUGUUUCCUUCCAUGAUUGCUAGAGCUAUCAACCUCGAUGUUAUAUCCAAUGGCAUGGGUGGAACAAGAAAUGGUGCUCUACAAGUGAUGCAUGCCGAGGUUCAGUUGCUUUCACCACUAGUCCCCGUUCGUCAAGUGAGAUUCCUCCGUUUCUGUAAGCAGCAUGCAGAAGGUGUAUGGGCUGUGGUUGAUGUUUCUAUUGAUAUUGGUCAUGAUGCUGCUAACGCACAGCCAUUCAUGAGCUGUAGGAGGCUUCCUUCUGGCUGUAUUGUGCAAGAUAUGCCAAAUGGUUACUCUAAGGUUACUUGGCUUGAGCAUUGGGAGUAUGAUGAGAGUGUUGUACACCAACUUUAUCGCCCACUGCUAAGUUCUGGUGUUGGAUUUGGUGCUCAUAGAUGGAUCGCCACUCUCCAAAGGCAGUGUGAAUGUUUGGCUAUCCUCAUGUCCUCUUCCAUUUCAAGUGAUGAUCACACAGCAUUGAGCCAAGCUGGUCGGAGGAGUAUGUUGAAAUUGGCACAACGUAUGACUAGUAACUUCUGUUCCGGGGUUUGUGCUUCUUCUGCUCGCAAGUGGGACAGCCUUCAUAUGGGGACUCUUGGUGAUGACAUGAAAGUGAUGACUAGGAAAAACGUGGAUGACCCUGGUGAGCCUCCAGGGAUCGUGCUUAGUGCUGCAACUUCUGUUUGGAUGCCAGUGUCACGGCAAAGGGUGUUUGAUUUUCUGCGUGAUGAACGGUUGAGAAGUGAGUGGGACAUCUUGUCCAAUGGUGGACCAAUGCAGGAGAUGGUACAUAUUGCCAAAGGACAAGGACAUGGAAAUUGUGUUUCUCUUCUCCGUGCUAAUGCUGUUAAUGCGAACGAUAGCAGCAUGCUGAUUCUGCAAGAGACAUGGAUGGACGCGUCGUGCUCAGUGGUGGUAUAUGCACCAGUUGACGUGCAGUCACUGAACGUGGUGAUGAGUGGGGGAGAUUCUGCAUACGUUGCACUCUUGCCUUCAGGCUUUGCCAUUCUUCCGGAUGGUCAUGGCAACAACAGCAGUUGCAAUGGGACAAUGCAGAAGGGCGGUGGGAGCGACGAGAGCGGGGGAAGCCUUCUGACAGUGGGGUUCCAAAUUCUGGUGAACAGUCUGCCGACAGCAAAGCUCACAGUGGAGUCAGUGGACACUGUGAAUAACCUCAUCUCAUGCACCAUUCAGAAGAUCAAAGGUGCUCUCAGAGUUGCAUAA